AUGACGAUGGGUGAACCCGUUGACACGACGUCCGUGCAGGCCUUCAAGCCCUUCCGUUAUGUGCCUUACCGCAAUGUCCCGCUGGUGGUGACGGACCCCGAUUAUAACUCGCUGAUGGACGAGAAAGUGGACUUCACUCCCGCUACCGUGACGUUGGCGCUGCUCACGGAGGAACUCCCGGGGAGGCACUGCAGCCUUCUCCUUGUGGCACACGCGAAUGAUCUUCAGGAACUCGCGAGCGAGAACCGCUCAGUGGUUUUCCACGUGGACCCGAAAGCCAGACAGCGCUUCCACGAUGUCGCUUUCAACACCGUGCACGAGUGGAUCAUGAGCACUGCUCGUGCGCACGCACUAUCGAGUGUCGGCGGGGCCGGUUUCGAACGGCCGAAAGAGUCCGACAUCGACGAACGUUUGAAGAGGUGGAAGCACGUGGUUCAUCUGGAUUGCGGUAAUUUGAGAGACACCGCACCCAUCACUGGCCUACGCAUGGCGGAGGUGUAUAAAACGUUCCUUGCCAACAUGGAAGCCGUCGUUGCGCAACCCUCGUCGUACGAAUUCAAGUCCAUGGGGCGCAAGGAGCAGAAGCUGUUUUGUCAACAGAUUGCGCUGUACAUUGAGGGUAUCGCGCUGGGGCAGAAGUUCGAAGGCGCCCUUUUACAGCAAGGGACAGAAGCUUCUGUGGAGGGUGGGGAGGAUCCUGGCGGAAACUCCGGGCACGCUGAUGAGGGUCACGUUGGCGGGUCGUCGGUUACCGCUCCAACCGCGGGAGACGUGACGUUGCACAAGGAAGGUGUAGAACGGGGCAAUCCCAAGGGUGGCAAGGGGAAGCCGAGGGAGGUGGCUGAGGGGAGCAAGGGGAAGCCAAAGGAGGCGUCUGAGGGGAGCAGGGGGAAGCUUAAUAAGGAGGUUGAGCUUGCGGAGGAAAAGGAGAAGGGUACCAAGUAUGUCGGGCACGCGAACCAGGUACUUGAUAAGGCGGCGGAUACGUUGGCUCGUUCCCGAGCGAUGCAAGACACCCUUGCCAAGGGCGUCGAGCAACUGGUGGGUGAUGACGCCAAGGCAGCGGCGAAGACACAGGAGACGGUGAAGUCUGUGGAAACGUCGCUUGCUGGUGUCGGAGACCAGCUCAAGACGGCCGCGGAAGGUGCCGUUGCGGGGGUUGGGCCGCAUGUCGACGAGGCUGUGAAGGCUGCUGUGACGACUGCUGUCUCGGAUGCAGCAAAAACCAUGCAGGAGGUUCUCGUCGAAGCCGUGAAGGGGGUGGUCAACAAGAAGCUGCAGGAGAUUAAAGCCUCCAUCGUUGCGCAGGUCGACAAGCGUGUCCGCGAGGCUGUCGCUGACUCCACCAACGGCUUGAAGACGGAGAUCGUCUCCAUGGUUCGGGAGACAACGAGACAGGCCUUUGGCGAAGCUGGAUUCGCCGCUCUUCCGAGCGUUUUUGGAGCCGCAACAGCUUUGGCACGCCAAGGUGGAGGAGGGGGUGCUGGCGCGAAGCAUCCUCGUGGGGAUGAUGGAAGUGAUACGCGUGGCAGGAUGGCAGCAGAUACAGUCCACAGCGAAGCCACGCGGCUGAAACGCUCGAAGGCUGGCGGGCUGGAGAAGGGUGUGGGGGACGUCCCAUCGAAACAGGGUGCAUGGUACGCAACCACCAAGCGGAGGUGGCAUUGUGUUGGGCCUUCCGUCGAGGGGUCUCGCUGGCCGUGGAGGUGUGGAACAGACUGGUGCGGAAGGCGCUGUUCAAAGGGCGGCGCCGCGGAUUCAGGAGGUGCCGGGGGGGGGGCGCAAGGAGACGUUCACAAUUUCCUGGCAGGGAUGCGAGCCGCCAUGGAAACGGAUCGGCAACAGCACCCGAUGGAUGACCAGGGACUUGCGGCAAUCCGGGUGGGAUUGCAUGAGCUCCAGCCCGUGGGCAAUCACCAUGCGCAUGCGCAUCCUCAGCGCCCCGUAGCCUACACACCUGCUGCGGACGACGACGCACAUGCAAGCGGGGCUAUACCAGCCGAGGGUCGACUCAGCUUCCCUCCGGACUUGUUCGACAUUCAUCUUGGGGAGGCUAAUACGUACGCACAGGAGUUUCAGGCAGGUCAUGGCGAUGCGGAUGCCGAAGUGGAGGAGUACGUGGAUAACGAGGACAACGAGGAUACGGAAGGCCUCCAGGUACAUGGUGACGUGGAAGGAGAAGAAACUGACGGCACGGCUGGUGGUGCUUUGGCGGAGGUUGAAGGGGGCAGGGGUCGCAAGGGCCCUGGUGUCCGCAAAGACAGAAACUCGCCUGGAUGGACCGGCGACAUUGUGGGUGGAGGCCGCUCCCGCUACCUGGGCUACUCGUUGGAACGGGCGGACGUGGAGUUCACAGUGUCCGUGGCCAUGAUCGUGUGGGACGGAUACGUCUCGAAGGUGCUGUGGGACGCCUACAAGGAGGGCGACACCCCCCCAUCGUGGCCCGAGCAAUGGGCACUGGCUAAGGGACUUCCGAAAGGCCUGUGGACAUGCAUGUGGUCUCGUGCCAUCUGCGGCGACAAAGACAGGCUGACCAAGUUUUUCACGCACGUCAAAGCGUAUCAGAGCGGUGGUUUGGACUUCCAGCCCGCUGUGUGUCUCGCCGUCGGUGCCAUUGCGGCCAACGCGGAGGCGCGCGACACGAAGGCUGCUAUCGCGUAUGGGGUCACCAUCGCUUCCACGGUCGCCGCCGCUUGGUACUUGGUCUCACACAAGGCUCCACAGUUUGCGCAAGCUUGCCAGUGGGCUGUGGACGUGGGGAAGAAGCUCGACCGAGCCAAUGCCUUCCCGAACCUCUUGGACCAGUUGCUGAAGGUCAUGGAGGCGGUCGUGCUUGCUGUGAAGCUGGCGGGCGAAGUGGAAGGUGCGCUUGCGAAUGGGACGACGUUCGUCAAUCAGGUCACUACGCAGGCUCUGACGACGGUGAACAUGUCGGAGGAUCCUUGGGGGAAGUUCAUCGCGGGUGAACUUCUGCACACCUUGGCCUAUUGGGCUGACAGCCCGGACGGACGUGCUUCCAUGCAGGCAGUCGGCAUGGUGGUUCCACUUUCGGAGGCCAUGACGAAGCUCACCGUGUACAGGAUGAAGCGCACCUACAGGUUCAACAAGUGGGAGCUUCCCGGAUCUGCGCCGGCACGAGCUCGCGCACGCGGUGGUCGCGUGGGCCAGCAGCAGCAGGGAGGUGGUCGCGUGGGCCAGCAGCACGGAUCGUGCACCACACGCUGA